AUCAGUUGUUCAUGUUAAUAAUAUAUUUUUAAGUUGUUUCCUUAUUUAGAAAACAAACGCUCAGACUGAGCAGCGAACGCUCUCUCCCAUACAGGCUGCAAUUGUUCGUCGCGCCAGCAGGUGGCGUAAAUACGCCUCGUUCAGCAUUCAGCCAUCAGAAUUAAACGCCGUAGCUGGAAGCGCAUCCAGUGUUGUAGCUUAGCCCCGCUCCAGACAGCAAGCGCCGGGCACCACAUGCAGCAGCCACAGCCUCCCAGCGCACCCUGCCCACCUCUGCCCUGCUGCUGAGCGGACUCAGGUACCAGGAUGAAGGAGGCGCGGAUGUGAGCGAUUACGAGCGAUCGUCCGUAAAGAAGAGCGAAUCUGCCUCCUCUCUGCAGGGUGUGGGCUAAAGGCACUGGCGGUUCUCCUCCUCGGGUUGCCACGGGAUAGGGAAUGCUAGCUCGACCUCUGCCCAAAUGUUUCACUGGAAUAAGUGGAGGAAAAGGAUGGGAGCCAACACUUCAUCCAAGAGACCGGUUUUCGAUGAAAAGGAGGAUGUGAACCUGGAUCACUUUCAGAUUCUACGAGCGAUUGGCAAAGGCAGCUUUGGCAAGGUUUGCAUUGUACAGAAGAAGGACACAGAAACAAUGUACGCUAUGAAGUAUAUGAACAAACAGCAGUGCAUUGAGCGGGAUGAAGUACGAAAUGUCUUUAGAGAGUUGGAGAUCUUACAAGAAAUAGAACAUGUCUUCUUAGUAAAUCUUUGGUAUUCAUUCCAAGAUGAAGAAGACAUGUUUAUGGUGGUCGACCUGCUCCUGGGAGGGGAUCUGCGAUACCAUCUACAGCAAAACGUCCAGUUUACAGAAGAGACUGUUAAGAUGUAUAUCUGUGAAAUGGCUUUAGCUUUAGAUUAUCUAAGGAGUCAACAUAUAAUCCAUAGGGACGUGAAACCAGACAACAUUCUUCUUGAUGAGCAAGGCCAUACUCAUCUGACAGAUUUUAACGUGGCGACAAUUAUCAAAGACGGUGAAAGAGCCACAGCCUUAGCUGGGACCAAACCUUAUAUGGCCCCUGAAAUAUUCCAGUCAUUUGUCAACGGCGGAACGGGAUACUCGUUUGAAGUUGACUGGUGGUCUUUAGGAAUAAUGGCAUUCGAAAUGCUCCGAGGAUGGAGACCCUAUGAUAUCCAUUCCAGUAGCCCCGUUGAGACAUUAGUCCAGCUAUUUAGCACAGUUACUGUCCAGUAUUCCUCUGUCUGGUCAAAAGAUAUGAUUGGUUUAUUACGGAAGUUAUUGACGGUCAACCCUGAAAAUCGUUGUUCUUGUCUUCUGGAUAUUCAGAAUUCAAACUUUCUUGCGGACACAGUUUGGGAAGACAUACUUGAAAAAAGAGUGGAGCCAGGUUUUGUUCCCAAUAAAGGCCGGUUACAUUGUGAUCCCACAUUUGAGCUUGAAGAAAUGAUAUUGGAGUCCAGGCCACUGCAUAAAAAGAAGAAAAGACUUGCCAAGAACAAGUCCAGGGAUAACAGUAAAGACAGCUCACAGUCAGAUGACUACCUGCAAGAAUGCCUGGAUGCAUUACAACAGGAAUUUGUCAUUUUUAAUCGUGAAAAACUGAAGAAGAUCCCCAGUGUUCGGACUCCCUCGGUAUCAGGCCUGGAGUCCACUGACGAGGCAGAAGCAGAGGUUGAAACUGAAAGGGAAGGGGAUGCUGAACCAGAAAACGCCACUCUCAACAUGUGUGGGUCAGUUUGCUCAUCCACUGCCAGCAGCAACUAGAAGCUCUUUCUUUGGAAAGACUCAGCUUAAGAACUCAUGAAUGUGCUGCUCUCUAUACAUAAGCAUGGUGCCAGGUAUCUUCUUACUCUAUCGAUAAAAAACUGCUUUUUUUUCUGGAUUUUUAUCUUCAGUUUCUAUGGCAAUCUGGAGCCACAUUGAUGAACAGCAACUGAUGUCUUUAAAGAACUUCUUUACUUUCCUUCAGAAGGGUGCAACUUUGCUCCACUUAUUAAGACAGCGCCAUUUUCUACUUAUACAUUUAACUGGCCCAUUUAUUUUACAUGGCUGGUUAUUUACCUGACCGAUGAGACUAGAAAUAAAACUGUUCUAAGAUCUAGUGGGAUGGUAUCAUCCUUCUGACAUUCUCAGACCUCCUCAGCCACAGCCAAUUGCCAAAAUGAUAUUAUCUAGCCCAAGAGUAUUUAUAAGGGCAUUUUUGAUACUGCAGUAUAGUACAACUGAUGUAGGUUGUUGCCAUUCCAUUGCAGGAAGAUAGGGGUCCAUGGCUUGGAAAUAAAUUUUAUUUGAGAGUGCGAUGUUGCAGAUAUUGGUCAAUAGAGCAGAUAAUUAUUUUAAAAAUGUCUUGAUUCUGUCUUCUGAAAAAAAAACAACUGCUUCCUUAUGCAGAGGGUAAAAAAGAAUCAGCUGGACAGCCCAAUUAAUCCUUAUGACAGCCCUGGUUGUUGUAGGUGAGUAUAUAGAGAUGAAACUCUACCUUAGGUUGCCUUAGUAAUAUUUUGCCCUGCAAUGGGAAGGAAACCCAGUUUCACUCCAAAUGCUUUCAUUUUCAUGGAAUACCCUGUUACUAAAACUCACCCACUGGAUUUGAAAUCGCAGCCAGGCAGUUGCUGAUCAGAUCCCAACUAAUUCCUGGUUUUACCCUCAUUUGUGUCCACUGACAUAGUGCAGAAUGGGUAUAAGGCAUCCCACGGAAAUGGAAAUAUUCGGAGCAAAACUGGGUUUCUAUCCUAGGUUACUUGGAGCUUCAUGUGACAUACGAAGGAGAGCGUCUCCUCAACUUUAAUGUAGUUCCACAUCCUUGUUUUCAGGGUCUUUCGUAAAAUCGAAACUUCAGAAGCAAAACUAGGUUUUCUUCUGCUUUACAAACAUGGUUCUGAAAGAUCAGAUAAUUACCCACAGCGUGGAUAAUCUUGCAUUAAUAUAAACAGUUAAACCAGGUGUCACCCCAACCAGCCUUCUACUGAAAUGAUAUCCACUAGCAGACACAGCUCCUUUAUGCUUCAGUAAGAACAAAGAUGACACAGAGGUAGCAUGGAGCAAUAUCAUUUUAGAAGCUGCUUUUAUAGAAACGGGUAUUUUUGUAAUACUGACAAAAGUAAAACCUAUUUUAAUGAGAAACCACCAGGGUGUGACACUCUUUUUCUGCUGUAAAUCAUUUUAUGGAACAAACUCAAAAGGAGAGCAAAUAAACUUCAUGUAGGGUUUUGAACCUUCUCUUUCCAUCAAAAAAGUAUGAAACUUUUUUUAUUUUAAUUAGUCAAAUCUUUGAACUUUGAUGGAAGUUACAAACGAUCGUGGGAUAAAAAGCUGUCUUGUUUGACCCAAUCCUGAUCCUCGAUUAAUAAUAAAUUAGCCCCCAAGAGAGACUGAGAAGUACAUCACUCCAUAUUGUGGGUAUAUAUAGAUUUAAGGGCAGAUUUAUUAUAGAUCACUUUGUAUUUAACUCAAAUUUGAUUUUUAAGGGUAUUUUUCAGUCAAAACUCAAAUUUUUAGGUUAAAACAACUCCAUUUUUUCAGGGUUAAAAAAAACCUUGAAUUAUUUGGGUUUGUGAGGUAAACCUCCAAUUUUUUGAGAUGUAUUAUACCCUGAAGCUGGAAAUUGCUUAAAUUUGAAAGUACUCCAGUAAAAACCUUUCAAAGUCAUGCACAGUAAUGGGGUUAUUUAUCAAAGUCCGAAUUUAUCUCAACAUGUUCUGCCAAAAACUCCAAUUACAUCCGUACAGGU